AUGGGUAUUAAAGAAGCCACUAUUUACUUAGACAACGAUUUAAAUACUUACUAUGCUGGUCAAACUGUAAAUGGGAGAAUAGAAUAUGUUUUCGACAAACCAAAAAAAGUUCGUGGUAUUCAUGUCAAAAUUAAAGGAGAAGCUCAUACUGAAUGGUCUGAAAGUAAAGAAGAACAAGAUAGCCAAGGCAAGACACAAGUAACUGAUACCACUCAUACUGGAAAUGAAGAAUACUUUCAAAUAUCUUAUUACCUACUUGGAAGCAAUUCUGGAAAUGAAAUAGAAAUCCCUGCUGGUAAACAAGUAUAUAAUUUCACUUGUGCUUUACCACCAGUGCUACCAUCAUCUUUUGAGGGUCAAUAUGGGUAUGUUAGGUAUACUAUCAAAGUAACUUUGGAUCGUCCUUGGAAAUUUGAUCAAGAGACCAAAAUAGCAUUCACUGUUAUCAACACACUGGAUCUCAAUCUUAAUCCCUCUUAUAAAGAACCAAUACACAUGCAAAUGGAAAAAACAUUUUGUUGUUUCUGUUGCACUUCUUUGCCCUUAUCAGUUGAUGUGAGAGCGCCAGUAUCUGGUUAUUGCCCAGGACAAGUGAUUCCACUCCAAGUUGAUAUUGAUAACAAGAGUAAUGUGCAACUCAAUCUUGUCAAGAUAUUUUUGAGAAAAGUUGUCACAUACAGAGCAACAUCACCUUCAACUGUGACUAAGAAAACAAAGGAUAUUAUAUUAACAUUACAGCAAGGUCCAGUGGAUGUUGGCUCAACGAAACAAUGGAAUUUAACCUUGGAAGUACCACCGGUGCCUCCAUCUAAUCUUGUCAAUUGCAAUAUAAUUGAUUUGGAUUAUGAUUUGAAGGUGGAAUGUGAAGUAUCAGGAAUGCACUUUAAUAUGAAGGAUAAGAAGUAUAUAACUAUUGGAACUGUUCCAUUGGUAGGCAUGAGCGGACAACCCGUUCCAUCAGCGCCAAUGCCAGACGGUUUUCCCCAGAACCAGCCUGCAGUGUUGCCUGUGAGCCCCGGACAGCCAGCUAUGCUACCGAAUGUACCAUUAGGACCUAAUGGCGACGUAGCUCCGGGUGGUUGGGUAUUGCCCGGUUCAGUACCUGGCCAACCGCCGCAUCAAUCAUUAUACCCUACCCUAACUGAACCAGUGUACAAGGAAUCUCCAUACGCCGCUCGAACUAUCCAAGACCGUGGUGAUAGUAACUACGUUAACAUAGCAGGCCCGGCCAACUUCGCACCAUAUUACCCAACCUAUGCGUCUGUGCAACCUCCGCCAUUGCCGCAG